AUGGCUAGCAUAGCCGGCAUUUUUCUAUUUUUCCCUUCUUUUUUGUCCUUCUGCUCUUUUCAUUGUUUUUUCAAUCUUCUCAUGCGUUGGGCAAUUCUUCUUCCCAUUGCCACUGCGGCUGCUCAAUUCACUUAUCGGUCUUUGAACAAGACAGACGAGGUUCUUGACCAAACCCCUGGUGUUUCCAUUAGCUCUCAGUCCGUGGAAGUAUACUUCGGUCUUGGACAACUGGCUUUACUCAUUCCUCCAGUGAUGAACGGAACUAAUGGAGGAAAAGUCUUGAGGCCAUCCUUCAACGACUCUGACUACACUUACCAUAAUUCUUACACAGACGACCCGCUCUUUGGGAAUGACAAAGUUGUAGUGAACGGAUUUGAACUUCAGAAUUUCACCUUCGAAGAUUACAACUCUCCCCUUCAGAAUCUCGAUAUGGUGUACGUUGGCCUUGCUUUGUCGUCGUACUACUCUGAGGGAGAUGAAAUUUCUGUUCUUGACUCUUUGCAGAACUCCGGCUACAUCAGCACGAGGUCUUUCUCUCUCUUCCCUAGAAGAAGCUCUCCACAAAAUAUGUCUGAUGCCCUUUUUGGUGCCGUUGACCACGGAAGAUACGAAGCACCUUUAAUCAAAUUCAAGAAUCUUGGCGACUACUCAGAAGCUCUAGAUGACUUCGACUAUCCAACUCUUUUGAUGGAUGGUAUGUCAGGUUACAACUUUCUGAUUGCAACUCAGCACCCUGUGGAAAUUACCGAAAAUAAGUGGAACUUUCCGCGUGACUAUCACGGCGCUUUGGAAAACUAUUUUCUGUCCAGAUACGGCUUCAACAUUUCCUCUCCGGAGGUUCCGUGUCUGAUUAAGGACCUGGUUGAGACUUUGUCCUUCUAUUUCAGUGGAGUCGAGUACCGUAUGCUGGAAGCUGAUCUCUUCAUCUCUAUAGAUUAUGAAGGUUCAACAAUUUGUGCUUUCUUGGGCUUUGCGGAAGACUACUCAGGGCUGUUCCAAAUCGGAAGAGCUAUGUUCAGCGAUCAUUAUAUGGUAGUGGACUACGACCAUGACGAAAUUGCCAUUGCCCCUACUGCAACAAAGUCCAACCCUGAAACCAUAGAGCAAAUCGUCACUGGAAUUCCUCUGGCCAUUCCAGCAAAGUACUACAAUACAACCACUCCAUAUUAUGGAACUGAAAGCGCAGUUCAUGUUACAUACUCUAUGUACACAGGCAGCCAGGAAACGACUUCUUCCUCGACCCCAACGGAAACUAAAUCUGGCGACGGCACAAAGUCCAGUUCAUCUAAGGCAGGUGGAAAUAAAAAUGCUGGCGGAAUCCUUGUCUUCAUUUCUUGUGCUCUUGGAGCUUUGAUGAUGUACUAA